AAUGAAAGAUUAUAAACAGCAUUUAAGGGAUACCCUUACCACUUCUAGGAAUAACACUUUACUUAAGAUAAUUAUGGGAAUUGCCUUGUCAAUUUUUCUAUUUCAUUUUUUAGUUUUACCGAAACUAACUCGUAACUACGAUGAUCCCUGCUUUCUAGAAAAGGCUAAGUUCGAUGCAUUAUCGCAUACUCUUGGAGCUUUAUCAAGAUCACUGCAAAAACUUAAUGAAACUUAUUGGCUUGAAUAUGGAACUUUGGUGGGAUUUUAUAGGAGAAAGUCGAUUUUAGAAUAUGAUCAUGACAUCGAUUUAGGAAGAUUGAUGCAUGACAAUAAGGAUAAAGAAAGAAAUGUAUAUAAGAAAUUAAAAAGAGAGCUUUCAAAAUAUAAUGUAGAUUUAAUAAAAAAUGGAUACGUUGUUAGGAGUAGAGCUCGUGAUGGUAGCUAUGUAUACGGAGAUUUGUCAACAUGGAGAAAAGUUGUUUUGACAAAAGACGGAAAAAACAUCACAGUCCUAAGGAGAAUCGAUCCAGACUUAAAACCAUCGACAUUGCUUUUACAUUUAGCCUAUUCAACUGGGAUGGGAGAUAUACCUUCCAAUUGGAUUUUGCCUUCUAAAAAAGAAAGAUUAUCAAAUGGUAAUGUUAUUCACGUUCCAAAUAGCUAUUUGAGAGUUAUCAGACAUAGGUAUCCGCUCUCUUGGAUGAUACCCUUCCCAUAUAAGUGGAAGUGUUGGUUACCAUGGAACUAUCCACACAAAUAG